AUCUGGAGGCUGUUUGGUGUGUGUGAGAUGGUUAAAAUUGUGUAAUAAUGUCGGAGAUGUUACUGAAGGAGAUGGAAGAAGUGUCUCUCGGUCAGUUGAAGGAAGAAGAGAAGGAGAGCGGAAGGAGUUUUCUCCUUAUCGAUGAAAAUGAAACCCUGCAGGUGGAAAAGGAAAACCACUUCCUGAGGAAACUGGGCUGCAGCGCAGCAGAAGGAGUCAAGGUGCUCUCGAUCUUCGGCAACACGGGCGAUGGCAAAUCGCACACGCUGAACCACGUGCUGUUUGACGGCGAGGAAGUGUUCGCGACCUCUCCCUCUCCGGCUUCGUGUACCGUUGGAGUGUGGGCCGCGCACGAGCCUCGUCUGGGCCUGAUCGUGCUGGACACAGAGGGUCUGCUCGGCGCCUCCACAAACCAGAACCAGAGAAUGCGCCUGCUGUUAAAAGUCCUGGUUGUGUCUGACGUGGCCGUGUACCGCACGCGGGCCGAGCGUCUGCACAACGACAUGUUCCAUUUCUUAGGCAGCGCUUCAGCCGCGUACCUGAAGUACUUCACGCCUCAGCUGCGUGCUCUGUCCAACCGCUGUGGGCUCGAUGUGCCGCUCUCUAACCUCGGGCCGGCGGUGGUGGUGUUCCAGGAGACCUCGCGCACUCAGCUGCUGGGUCACGACACCACAGUGCCGGCGGAUAUCCUGCUUCAGAAACGUUUCCAUGACCUGAGCCUGAGCACAGAAGCCUUCAGCUCCAUGCAGUAUGUCGGCACGCAGACCAUCACACCUCCAACGGACUUCUCUCAGCUCAGGGACACCAUCACGAAGCAGGUGAAGAGCAUGGCGUCACGAGCCCCACGCCAGCCAGACAUCGUCUUCAGCGCCCUGCAGGCCUUGAGUGAUCGGUUCCGCGGAGAAAUCUCUGAUGACAAAAUUAGCAUGUACUCCUUCUUCCCUGACGAGUAUUUCACCUGCCCUUCUGUCUGCCUCAGCUGCAACAUUCGCUGUAAGAAUGGCAUGAACCACCAGAAGGACCGAAUGCCACAUAUGGUGGAUGGAUUGUGCCAGUACACUCAUCAGUACAACAACAAGGUUAUUAUAUGCAAGAAAUGCUAUGAAGGUGGAAGGGAAGUGAUUGUCGUGCCCAAGACCUCCGCUUCCUCUGAUAACCCGUGGUUUGGUCUGGCGAAGUACGCCUGGUCCGGGUGA